AUUCAAGUGUCAUAAACUUCCAGUCCCUGUUACGAGUUAAAUAAACACUAACGUAAUGCUUUAUUAAAUUAGUCGUACAGCUGAUCGAUCAGAUGGCCUGCUUUUCUGAAGGGGCGUGUUUUUACUAUCUCUACUGAAAGCUCCGCUCUGCCUUUGUAUCUGGCGAGCUCCUAACUAUCUACUCAGGCAGCGACGGUUGUAGUAGUCGAAGCUGAAAUUAGCCAGCUAGCUUUGCUGCUGCCGUCUAAUCGAAGUCACAGUCGAUUAGAAGUUAAAAUGAUGAAAAUGUAUCCAAAUUCAUGAACGCGCCGAGGACAUUUGCAGGAGAAGACUGAGAGACGGGAGACAUUUGAUCGGCGAAUUUUAACCGGCUUUUCGGCCAAGCCACCCGCUUAAACAGCCUUCGCAAAAAGCUGCUGCUUCUCCACGGAAGUCGUGGUCGGAAAAAAGCGCUAAUUGGCUAGACGGAGAGUUUGGGUGGCUGUGAUUGGUUGGUGAUUGGUUAUAAACUUCUCAGCCUCUGGUGGUCGUCGCACUUCAGUGACAAAUUCCUUAAAACUCCACUGUCAAGGUACAAAGGGGCAGCGUGGUGUGAGUCCCCAUGAGAAAACCACGACGGCGGGGAGGCCUCCCCGGGGCCCAAAGUGAUGCCGCAGACACGGGUACAGCAGGUAGGGGGGCAUCACAGCCACGCUCACUCUCUCCCUACCGGCUGAAGGUUUCACCCACCAGAGAAACCCUAACGUAUGCCCAGGCUCAAAAGAUUGUGGAGGUGGACCUGGAUGGAAGAUUGCAUCGGAUCAGCAUCUUUGACCCUUUGAUGGUGAUCACUGAAGAUGAGAUGACAGCUCAGGACAUUGCUGAGUGCAACAGCAACAAGGAGAACAGCGAGCAGUCAUCGGUGACCGUCGUCGUCAGCUCUCCACGCCGAUCGAUGGCUCACAGGGGGAAAAAGAAAGAUGCAAAGCAGUUGUCAUCAUCGUCAUCACAAAACCACUGCUCCAACUCUCUCGGACAAACUCCAGUGCAUUCUAGCGUCAACAGCCACCACGGCACCUUACCCAAGCCCACUUUUAGAGAACAAGAGUCUUAUGAACCAGUUGAAGCGUCUCCUCGCCCUUCGGCAUACUACCGUUACAUUGAGAAGUCCGGUGAAGAGAUGGAAACGGAUGCAGAGUAUGAUAUGGACGAGGAGGACGUGGCCUGGCUUGAGCUGGUGAAUGAAAAACGAGUGUCAGAAGGCCAUCCGCAAGUGUCACCUGACACUUUUGAACUCCUGAUAGAUCGUCUAGAAAAAGAGUCGUUCUUGGAGUCGCGAAGCCAAGCUCCCUCACAGAGCAUCAUCGAUGAAGACGCCUUCUGCUGCGUCUGCCUCGACGAUGAAUGUCUCAACAGUAACGUCAUCCUGUUUUGUGACAUCUGCAACCUUGCUGUGCACCAGGAGUGUUACGGCGUUCCCUACAUCCCUGAGGGCCAGUGGCUCUGCCGCUGUUGCCUGCAGUCACCCUCUCGCCCCGUGGACUGUGUGCUUUGCCCGAAUCAGGGCGGAGCGUUUAAACAGACCAGCGAUGGGCGAUGGGCACAUGUGGUCUGCGCCAUUUGGAUCCCAGAGGUGUGUUUCGCCAACACGGUCUUCCUUGAGCCCAUUGAGGGCGUGGACAACAUUCCUCCAGCUAGGUGGAAGCUAACAUGCUACCUGUGCAAGCAGAAAGGUUGCGGGGCGUCCAUUCAGUGCCACAAGGCCAACUGCUACACAGCCUUCCAUGUAACCUGUGCGCAGAGAGCUGGACUCUUUAUGAAAAUAGAGCCUGUCAGAGAGACUACUGUGAAUGGGACUACGUUUUCAGUGAAAAAGACUGCAUUUUGUGAGGCACACUCACCGCCUGCGAAGGACGGGUCAGAUGAUGAGACCGGGGGGAGGGUUUUGGGGUGUCGGGCUAAUAGGGGGUGCAGUGCCUACACGCAGACGCCACAGCUUAAAAAGCAGAGACGAAGCAAUAAACUGGAUUCUAAGCAAAAGAAAGAAGAUGUGUCAAAAAAAGUUGCAACACCAUUGGUCACUGUUUCAGAAAUACCCACUCAAAGAUUGAACAAAAUGUCUAAAGAUGUGAUCAUACAGAAGAAGAAUCAGUUCAUGCAGAGACUUCACAACUAUUGGUUACUUAAGCGUCAGUCACGCAACGGAGUGCCUCUCAUUCGUCGUUUACAUUCCCAUCUGCAGGGCCAGAGGAGUGCAGAACAGGCGGAGCCAGAUGAAAAGCUGAAUGCUGUGAGAGAAGAGCUGAAAUACUGGCAAAAGCUUCGUCACGAUCUGGAGCGAGCGCGACUCCUGAUCGAGCUCAUCCGCAAGAGAGAGAAGCUAAAGCGAGAGCAGGUGAAGAUUCACCAGGCUGCGACUGAGCAUCAGUUAACUCCUGUCCUGGUACUGCUGCGCUCCACUUUAGAACAGCUUCAGGAGAAAGAUACUGCAAAAAUAUUUGCUCAGCCUGUCAACUUGAAAGAGGUCCCAGAUUACAUGGAGUUUAUCACACACCCCAUGGACUUCUCCACCAUAAAAUCCAAAUUGGAGGCUCACAAAUAUCGCUCUAUCACUGACCUUGAGGCUGAUUUCAACCUCAUGAUCUCCAACUGCCUGCUUUAUAAUGCUAAAGACACUGUGUUUUACCAAGCUGCAAUACGCCUGAGGGACUUAGGAGGUGCUAUCCUGAGGCACGCCCAGAGACAAGCCCAAAACACAGGCUUUGACCUGGACACAGGCAUGCACCUGGCAGAAUCACCGCACAAAAACGACUACUACCGCUGCACUUUGGAAGAUGUCGACACGCUGCUAGACCCUGAUAAUCGAUUGCACAUGACAACAGAAAACCAGUUGAGGGAGCUGCUAGACAAAUUGGACGUGGUGACGUCCAUGCGCUCGAGUGGUGCACGCACACGGCGUAUACGCCUGAUCCGGCGAGAAAUCAACAACAUCCGCUAUAAACAGCAAACAAGGAACUCACACAUGCUCAAUGGAGACCUCAAAGAAGAAGAGGAGGAGGAGGAUGAAGACAAAGAGAUGGAUGGUGAGCAUAACCUGUCGUCAUCAUCGUCAGAUAAAGAUGACUGUAAGUCAACUCCCCCACCCAUGCUGGAACCCACAGGCCUUGCUUUGUCCCCUCCACCAUCAGACACCCACCAGGAACCACCGACCCUGCGACCCAUGACGUCCGACCCUAGGACAUCCCCAUGCACACCCAAGCGCCUCAAACUCAACAGCGAGAGCCAAGAGGCAGAUUCAGAUGCUGCACCUGUGAACAGCUGCACGAAACCUGAGGACCGCCUGCCCGAAAACAAACUGAUCAACGGCCUCUCCUCCACAGAGUCACCGACCCGACUUGCCACAGGAGGAGUUGGGCGACGAACGUCCGUCCUCUUUAAAAAAGCAAAAAAUGGAGCAAAGCUCCAGCGUGAGCGAGACAAUCAGAUGCAGAACAGAAGCAGGGAGGAGGCCGUCAGCACUGACCCAGACCCUGCACGCACACCUAACUGCAAUGCCAACAUCAAGACUGAAACCUCAGCCCAGCCAAAACCUUCAACACCUCCGCCAAUAUCAACCCCAGCCAAACAGAGAGCAAGAAGCCGCAGCUGUAGUCCAGAGCGCGAGAGAACACCCCCUCGACUGAUUCUAGAGCCUGCUCUUACCAACGGAUUCAGAAAGCACCGAGAUGGCAGCUCUGACUCAGAAUGCAGCUCAUCUCCGAUUCUCAGAGAACUCAUCUCAACCCCAAAAAAGAGCCGAGGGAAACCUGCUUUGUCCAAAGUACCUUUCUUGGAAACGGUUAACGGAGACUUUGACUACACUGGGACUGAUGCUCUGUCAAAUGGGGAUGCGCCUGAACCCGAACCUCUGGAUUUGGUGUGGGCCAAAAGUAGAGGAUAUCCGUCCUACCCUGCUCUGAUCAUAGAUCCAGACAUGCCUCAGGAGGGUCUUCUGCAUAAUGGAGUUCCCAUCCCUGUGCCUCCGCUUGACGUGCUGCGCCUUGGUGAGCAGAGACAGGAAGAAGCCGGCGAGAAACUCUACCUGGUUCUUUUCUUCGACAACAAACGCACCUGGCAGUGGCUUUCACGAGACAAGGUGAUCCCUCUUGGUGUUGAUGACACGUCCGAUAAACUGCGUAUGAUGGAGGGCAAGAAGACCAGCAUCCGGAAGUCUGUGCAGGUGGCCUAUGACCGAGCUAUGAUCCACCUGAGCCGAGUUCGAGGAGAUCAUGGUUUUGUCUGCUCCAACUUCAUGUAGAAGAAAAACGCCAAUCGCAUCUGUCCUAACGUCCCACUCACAUGAGCUGAAAGCCAUUUGGUUAGUAUACCAGGUACUAGACUCCUGAUCAUUCAGUUCAGUUUAGUUUAUCCACAACCAUCUCAGUCAUUUCAGAUUCAGUCCAGUUUUUCUCUUUACAGGGGUCAUGAGCGGUUUCUAUCAAUGAUUUGUUUUUAUGAGGUGUCACUUUAAGGUGAUGACGAGUCUCAACCACACAGUUUUAGCAUUUCGGUACAUUCAGAGGAAUUAAUUUCUACAAAAUUAAUUUUAAAUGAAUGAACUUAAAGAAUAUAGACGUUUGAAUGAGUCACUGCCAUUUUCUUAAGAUAGCUUUUUACUUUUUAAAGUUUAACAAACCACUUGUACAUUGUAAAGAGACUUGUGUAUAUAAGUAUGUUUUUUAUCAUAUUAUCUAAUUACAUUAAAUUUUUUUCUCUUGUUUAUUGUGAAUUAAAUUGCCUGGAGGAAUGAAGAAAUGAAGGUUGUGUAUAUAGGUGUAAAAAGAUUUUCAGAUGAACUGACUUCCUACAUAGUGUAUCCUGCUUGUCUUUGAUAUCGGAUGGCGAGUGUGUUCAUACAUACAUUUACAUUUCCGGCAUACGAUCGUGUAUGUAUGUGUAUAUGUACCAACUCACAGUUGUCUAUGGUUAAAUAUAUAUUCUCAUUUUUGAUACAAAAAAAAGUAAUUUAUUUAUGCACCGUAAAGAAAUUAAAUUAUAUUGGUUCAAGAUGGAAAUCAGAUCUCUUAUUUAAGAUGAUAAACUAUUGCAUAGGCUUUUAAGAUCUAACUUCACAUGUUCUUUCAGAUCCUGGUUUAGUUCUUUUUUUAAAGAUUUCAUGGUGAAAUGCUCGAGGGAUGAUGAUGACGGCUACAUAUUGUACACUUGCUAUUGGUGACUUUUCACCAUCAAGCACAGAACCUUGUAUUUAUUGUAGAAAGUUGUGGAGCUUUUGUUCACUGUUUAUAAGAUGGAACCUCUAAUAAAUUUUAAGCUUGUACAAACUGCAGAUUUUAGCUACCCACCAAAUAACCUGUCUCGAACAGUAUUUUCUCAUGUGGGGAAAUAAAUGUUCUGUUGGAACUCUA